AUGAGGAUCUGCAAUAAGAACCUUCGCCUUCAGGACGUCACCAUCAUGUACUUCACUGCCCUGGCUGCUCUAAUGGUGAUCUUGGUGGCUUCAUAUCAGGGGCCCACCAACGCUAUUGAAUUGUCCAGCCUUAAAUCAAACCCUUCCCGCCCUCUCCCACCUCUCCCCAUGCCCUUUCGCGUGCCCCUUGACCCACGCGGGAAUCUCCAGCUGGCCUGGAACAUCAGCUACGCCGACCAGGAGGUUUACAUGGAGCUGAGGGUCGCAGAGCUCAAACACGGCGUGGUCCUGGGGAUGUCUGACCAAGGGGAGCUGACGAACGCUGACCUGGUGGUGCUGUGGGACUCUGGAGCUAAUAGCUAUUUUGGGGAUGCGUGGAGCGACAGCGAGGGUCACGUUUCAUUGGACAGCCAACAAGACUACGAGUUGAUGGAAGCCAAACACAAAUCUGAUGAAUUCUACCUACUCUUCAAGAGACCGUUCAGUACCUGUGAUCCCAGAGACUACCUCAUAGAGGAGGGAACUGUGCACAUCAUCUAUGGAUUUUUGGAUAAACCACUUGCCUCGCUGGAGCAGCUGAACCUGUCCCGGAUCCACACAGGAGUACAGAGAGUGCUGAUGCUGCGCCCUGACACACCGUCACCCACACUGCCUCCAGAUGUGCAGACGCUGGAUGUCGUGGCUCCAAAUGUCGUCAUCCCAAAUCAAGAGACCACCUACUGGUGCUUCAUACAGAAGCUGCCUGAAAACAUGCCCAAGAACCACAUUGUUAUGUAUGAGUCAGUGAUAACUCCAGGUAACGAGGCCAUCGUGCAUCACAUAGAAGUAUUCGAAUGUUCUCCGGAUGUCAGCGACGUUCCAGAGUAUAGCGGCUCUUGUGAUGACAAGAUGAAGCCGGGCAAGCUCAACUUCUGUCGCCAUGUGCUUGCUGCAUGGGCUAUGGGUGCUGAGGCUUUUUACUAUCCUCCUGAUGCAGGGCUGCCUAUGGGUGGACCAGGUUCCUCGAGGUUCCUUCGUCUUGAGGUCCAUUACCACAACCCUCUCCUUAUAUCUGGCCAUCCUGACUCAUCAGGGAUACGGUUGCAUUACACCCCAAGUUUGAGGCGGUACGAUGCAGGGAUCAUGGAGCUGGGCCUCGUUUACACUCCUAUCAUGGCUAUCCCGCCCAAGCAACACACCUUCUACCUCAGUGGAUAUUGCACCUCCAAGUGUACACAGACUGCUUUGCCUCCAGGAGGAAUCUAUAUAUUUGCGUCUCAGCUGCACACCCACCUGGCGGGGCGUGGGGUGAGGACAGUUUUGGUGAGAGGAGGCAAAGAGCUGGAGGUGGUACAGGAAGACCAGCACUUCAGUUCACACUACCAGACAAUCCGAGUUCUAAGGAAAAUGGCAAAUGUUUUACCUGGUGACGUCCUCAUAACAAAGUGUACUUAUAACACAGAAGAUAGGAGCAAGCCUACAGUGGGAGGUUUUGGCAUCAUGGAAGAAAUGUGUGUUAACUACAUUCACUACUACCCUCGAACUAAGCUGGAGCUCUGCAAGAGCCACGUUGACCCAGGAUACCUGCAGAAAUACUUUAACUUCAUUAACAGGUUCCACGGAAAUGACCAGUGUGUGUGUGGUGAGGUGGGUGUGACGGAGCAGUAUUCUCAACUACAGUGGGACACAUUCACCACAGAAGUGCUGGACUCCCUUUAUAAUACAGCCCCCAUCUCCAUGCACUGCAACCAGUCAACUGCACGCCUCUUUCCUGGAGAGUGGGACAAACAGCCUGUACCGGUGGUUACUUCCAUCCUUGAAAAACCUCGCUACCCCUGUGAGGGAGGAUCACUUCCCACCAGCCGCCCCCUUACACCCCCGAUCUGA